CCACACAGGGAAAUCAUCGACCGUAAAUUUCGGACGCUAUCGGUCCCUUCUAUAGCUUCUUCUUUCUAUCAUGAAAUGAUAAAACCAAUCCCUUUCGGUUCCGUGUUGUUUCCUCAACUCUCCACAUUUAAUACGCUGCUUCAGUUGGAUUGAGUCUUCUCUUCUCUUCUCUCCCACUUGUUCCUUCUGGCCGAGCAAGCUUCUCCUUCCAUCCACUCUGCAAUGGCGAACUUCUUCUCCAACAAGAUCAGGCUCUCUUCCUCUCUACUCAAACGAUUCCAACGGCACGCAACCAGUGCUACUCCCUCGCUGUUCAUCGCCAGAUCUUACACAACCGAAGGCAACCGUCCUACCAUGAUCCACAAGCGCAGCCUUGACAUUCUCCAUGACCCAUUGUUCAAUAAGGGAACAGCUUUUACCACGACAGAACGGGAUCGUCUUGAUCUACGAGGAUUGCUCCCUCCAAAUGUUAUGUCUACUGAACUACAGAUUGAGCGCUUCAUGGUUGAUUUAAAGAGGCUUCAAGUGCAAGCAAGAGAUGGACCCUCUGAUCCAAAUGCUUUGGCCAAGUGGCGGAUACUCAACCGCUUGCAUGACAGAAAUGAGACCAUGUACUAUAAGGUUUUGAUUGCGAACAUUGAGGAAUAUGCCCCUGUAGUGUACACUCCAACUGUAGGUCUUGUUUGUCAGAACUACAGUGGUUUAUUUAGAAGGCCAAGAGGAAUGUAUUUUAGUGCUGAAGAUCGUGGAGAAAUGAUGUCUAUGGUUUAUAACUGGCCAGCUGAUCAGGUUGAUAUGAUUGUCGUUACUGAUGGUAGCAGAAUUCUGGGUCUUGGUGAUCUUGGGGUUCAAGGAAUUGCCAUUGCAAUUGGAAAGUUGGAUUUGUAUGUUGCGGCAGCAGGAAUAAACCCUCAAAGGGUACUUCCUGUGAUGAUUGAUGUUGGGACUAACAAUGAGAAGCUACUUAAAGAUCCAUUAUGGCUUAAAGUUAUAUGUUUCACUUUUCUCACUGGUGCUUCCUGUGGUCUUCUUUGUACAUGGCUAAAUCAUCUGAAACGAUUUUCUACCAUUUUUUCCUCAAUAGAUCUGGGAUUGCCACAGCACCGUCUUGAAGGGGAUGAUUAUCUUGCGGUUAUAGAUGAAUUCAUGCAAGCUGUCUUUACUCGUUGGCCACAUGUUAUUGUGCAGUUCGAAGAUUUCCAAAGCAAGUGGGCAUUUAAGUUAUUGCAGAGGUAUAGAAGUACCUACAGGAUGUUCAAUGAUGAUGUGCAGGGAACAGCUGGAGUUGCAAUCGCUGGACUUCUUGGUGCUGUGAGAGCACAAGGAAGGCCUAUGAUUGACUUUCCAAAAAUGAAGAUUGUUGUUGCUGGUGCUGGAAGUGCAGGAAUUGGUGUUCUUAAUGCUGUAAGGAAAACAAUGGCAAGGAUGUUGGGUAAUACUGAAGUAGCUUUUGAGAGUGCAAAGAGUCAAUUCUGGGUUGUUGACGCUGAGGGUUUAAUUACAGAAGAACGUGAAAAUAUUGAUCCAGAGGCCCUCCCUUUUGCAAGAAAUGUGAGAGAAGCUGGUCGUCAAGGACUGAGGGAAGGUGCAAGCCUUGUGGAAGUGGUAAAGCAAGUGAAGCCUGAUGUUCUUUUAGGAUUAUCUGCUGUUGGAGGAUUGUUCUCAAAAGAGGUGCUAGAAGCCCUCAAGGAUUCAACAUCUACAAGACCAGCUGUAUUUGCCAUGUCAAACCCGACAAAUAAUGCUGAAUGCACCCCUGAGGAGGCAUUCUCCAUUUUGGGUUAUAACAUUAUAUUUGCAAGUGGGAGUCCAUUCAAUGACGUUGAUCUUGGAAAUGGUCAUGUUGGUCACUGCAACCAGGGAAACAACAUGUACCUCUUUCCAGGCAUUGGUCUUGGAACUCUUUUAUCUGGGGCUAGGAUAAUCUCUGAUGGUAUGCUGCAGGCUGCUGCUGAGUGUCUCGCUGCAUACAUGAGUGAAGAAGAGGUUGUCCAUGGAAUUAUAUACCCGCCAAUACCUAGAAUUCGAGAUAUAACAAAGGAGAUUGCCACAGCUGUUAUAAUGGAAGCUGUAGAGGAGGAACUAGCAGAGGGAUACCGCAAUAUGGAUGCUCGAGAUCUUGCCAAACUUAGUAAGGAACAACUUUUGGAAUAUGUGAACAAGAACAUGUGGACUCCAGACUACCCAAAAUUGGUUUACAAGGACGAUUAAAUAAACCAUGAGAGCCAGAGCAUAGCUACGAUUUACUGACUUUAACCAAUUUCUCAUGCACUGUUCGACCUGCGCUCUUGGAUCAUUCAAUUGAUGCAAAAAAUUUGCAUCGCUUGUGUGAAUUCCCAGGAAUUAUGUGUGUGUGCAUGUAUAUAUAUGUAUUUUUCAUUACCUUAGCAAUAAUAAAAGAUUUGAAGUUA